CAAAGCUCUUUUUUUAAUCCCAGGAAGUGGGACAUUGAAGAGCAUGGCAUCUGUUCACUGAGCUGCUGCAUCUUAAGAGAGAACUUGCACACAAGCUUUGGUGUGCAACGAAUGAGGCUGACCCAACGUCGUCAUGGAGACAGAAACAGAAAUGAUUCCCAUCUGGCAGAACAAGCCUCACGGAGCGGCACGUAGUGUUGUUAGAAGAAUAGGUUCCACUCUUCCACUCAAACCUCCGCAGAGAGCAUGUUUUCAGGAGCUCCCAGGUCUGCCCCCUCUUCGUGCUUUUGACGGCCCUGCAGUUCCCACCUUGGCAGACAUAGCCUGGAUCGUUGCAGAUGAAGAGGAGACGUAUGCCAGAGUCAGGUUUGUCUGGAUCUGAGAAACCACUAUAAAU